UUUGUGUCUUGUCAUAUGACAUUGAUGAGGGCGACAAGCAACCAGCGACUCACUGGACUUCACAAAAAGAAAGAACCCUAAACUGUCAGAGAUGAAAUUAUUAACUUUUUUGUGCCGAUAAUAUGUGGAGUAUGGAAUGUUGGGGAGUUUUGUCUACGAUUGCUGCCGCCUGUCUGUUAGGUGUGGUGGUGAGCCAGACGACAGCUCCCACGAUGGUUCCUGCUGUGAUGAACACCACAUUCAUUGAGAAUGUGACGGCGACCACCAGAGUCAGUGAGACCACCACAGUCAGUGAGAAUGUGACCGUGACCACACCCAUGAUCCUCAGCACCACAUCCCCAGGCUGCUCUGCCCUCAACACCUCCACCUGUGAGACCUGUGUCCCAGGGUCCUACUCUGACAAUGACACCCUGCUGUGUUCCUGCUGCCAUGAGCCAGGGCUGUGUCUGUUCGCUGGGGCUUGCCUCCCAUGUUCCAGAGGGUUCUUUCAGCCUCUGGCUGGACAACAGCGAUGUCAGCCCUGCAGCCAGGGUUUUUACACCAAUUUUACCGGCAGCCUUAUGUGUCAGUCCUGCUCCCCAGGCUCCUACAGCAACAACACAGGCUCCGACUCCUGCCGAAGCUGUUCUCCAGGUUUCUAUACAUCACAACAAAAUGCCACAUCGUGCAGUCCAUGUCAACAGGGAACGUUCUGCAACUCCUCCAGUUGUGCUCUGUGUCAGAUCUGUCCUGCUGGUACAGAGUCUCUGCAGCCAGCUGCCAAGGAGUGCACACCAUGUCGUCCAGGUAUGCACAAGGCUCCCCGUCAGAGUAUGUGUCAAAUCUGCAGCAGCGGCUUCUUCCAGAUCCGCUGGGGCCAGGAGACCUGUAACCUCUGCCCUGAAAACCACUACUGCCCAAGUCCAGAUGUGAACCCCAUCCUGUGCCCCGGUGAUGCCUUCUGUCCUGAAGGCAGCACUGCUCCAGGUUACUGCAUGGAGACCUUCUUUCGCAAGGCAGGGGAGGAGUGUGAGCUGGCCCCCGUCACCAUUGCUCUACUUGUCAUAGGAGGAGGAGUGGCCCUACUCUUCGUCAUCCUGCUGGUGUUGCGUCGAAGGCGAGACACAGACGGAGAGCUUUCCCUCGUACGACAACCUCUGUUACGCAAAGAGCGGCCGCAAGGUCGAUACUAUGGGAUCCCAUGUGAUGCCGAGCCAGUAUAUGCUGGUUGGUGAGCAUGUCCCCAGCCCCAUCUGAUGCCUCAAAUUAUUGGGGUAAAAUGUCUGGCUUUCAGAGCAGAAUCAACGUACCUCAGCUUUGGACCAUAAGAGAAAGCAGACUCACACCAAAUCCUAGCCAUGGUUUACCAUGUCCAUUUGAGUACUUUUGAUAACUCACCAGCUCUUUCAUGCGGUACAUCUUCUAGAUGUAUUAUUUUAUUUAUUUAACUAGGCAAGUCAGUUAAGAACAAAUUCUUAUUUACAAUGACGGCCUAGGACCAGUGGGUUAACUGCCUUGUUCAGGGGCA